GAGUGAUGUGGGUAAUGUGGCAACGAACGUGUUAAAAUUUGUUUAAUACUCCAUUAUGAUAUCACUCUUUGUAUCAAAAAUUCGAUGUGUAAAUAAAUAAUCUGUAAUACGCACACACAUGCACGCUCGCGCGCGCGUACAUAUGUAUAUAGGAAAAUAUAUGUAUGGUGUGGCUUGAAAUGGUGUAACACGAGUGCAAAAUGUGUAAAGAAUAAAUUUGUAUAAAGGAACCGCCAUAAAAUUUAAAAAACAAUAGUAUUACUAUUUGAAUAUCACAGAAAACGAAUUUUGUUUAGAAUAAAUAUUAUCCUAAAGAUAAAUUGUGAAGAGAAGUAUAUCGAAAGUUAUUUUAAAAACUAUUUUGAACCAGAAGAAAUAGGUUAUGGCAAAACACUUAAUAAAAUUAAUUAUAAUGGGAACACAAGUCGUUACUAAAGCAUUUGCACGAGCAUUGCGUCAAGAACUUGCAGCAAGUCAAGCAGCUGCACAGAAACUAGGUGGUGGAAAAAGAGGUACUGAACAUGUUGCAGCUAAUUAUAAGACUGGUAUUACUUUAGAAGAAGCAUUACAAAUUUUAAAUGUUGAACGAGUGGAUCAAUUAGAAGCUAUUGAACGUAAUUAUAAAUACUUGAUGGAAGUUAAUGAUAAAUCAAAGGGUGGUUCUUUUUAUAUACAGUCAAAAAUUGUACGUGCUAAAGAACGUAUUGAUGAAGAGUUGAAGAAUAUUAAAGUUCCUCCUCAGAAUACAAAUUCCAUGUGACAAAAUAUUUUAAAACAAUUUUAAUGCAAUUCUGUAUAGUCUGAAUGUAAUUGA